GAUCCGGGAAGGGCGGCUGCGGUCACACGCCGCGCUGCUUUCAGCCAGGCUGGCACCAUGCGGCCCCUGCUCUGCGCGCUGGCCGGGCUGGCCCUGCUCUGUGCCGCGGGCGCUUUGGCCGAUGGUAGAGAAGACCGUGGAUCACCUGGGGACACAGGUGAAAGGCCUGCUGGGCCUCCUAGAGGAGCUGGCCUGGAACCUGCCCGGGGGACCCUUCAGCCCCGUCCCCGACCUCCUCGGAAAAGAUGGCUUCUGAGCCCCGGAGCUGGAGCCCAGCAGCUGGAGGUGGUGCACCUGCCAGGCAGCACCCUCUGAGAGCCAGCGCUGUCCUCUCGCCUUCUUCCUCAGCUUCGUGUGAAAUAAAAGCUACUGUUUUUGGUCU